AUGAGACCGUGGAAACGUUUUGUAUAUAGUAGUCUCAAUGCCUAUGGGGUUUUAGAUAAAUCAAUAAUAGUUUCAUGCAAUGUGAUCAGUUUUCUUGAACUGAAUUUUUCUCAUCCAAUAUGGUCUUUUAAUGGAAAAUAUAUAUUAGACGACAACUGGGGUAAUAACAACAAUAAUAAAUCUCUAAUUGCCAUCAAUGCAUCGUCUUCAUGGAAUUCAAAAAUAUCAAUUUCUGCAACUCAUCAUCACUAUGCAUUACCACAAUCUAAAUAUAUAAUUAAUAAUAGAAAAUAUUCAUUUGGCUGGAUCAGUACAUUACAGAUAAAUAGACUGUUAUUGACUGAUGAAGGUGUUUAUCAGUGUACUUUCACUAAUGACCUGGGAACAAGUUCAUUUAGAAUUAAUUUACAACUUCAAGAUAAACAGACAGUGAAUGAUGGCGCACAAAUCAUGUCGAUCUGCUUGCUCUCUCUACUCAUUCUGCCUUUAUUGUUAUCCAUUUUAUUUUAUUUCCGAAAGAGAAGUCUCCGUUUUGGAUGGAGUAAACAACAGUUUAAAAAGUGUGGCCUUAAAAUAAACUGGAAAAGCUGUAGUGAAAGUCAAAGCCCUAAUCACACUAGAAAAUCAGUCGACUCAAGCGUGGAUGGAUAUUCUAUGGGAGUGGAUUUUACUGAAUUCGUACAAAAUCAGUUAGCUGAUGAAAUGAACAAUAAUGACAAUAAUAAUAAUAAUUCAUCGAACGUAUCAGCUCUACAACCGGAUCAAAUUUUUUCGGUAAGACUCAGAAUUUAUUGGAAAUUUAAUUCACAAUGA